AGUAAUACAAAAAUAAAUCUUCCAUAUUUUAUCAAUAACCAAAUAAAAAAAAUGUAUAUUUUCCCAAGGAUUCCCCAUAGUUGCUGCGGGGCUCCCUUAUUUUUUGUGGGAAUGGAGAUGGAGGCCAAAAAAUUUCCUCCUUCAAAAAUCUCUAGAGAAAUCUUCGUAUUAGUUAAUAGUGGGGGUGGCGAUGAGGUCCCCGCUCCUAUAGAGACUUGUUGCCAUCUCUUCCCAAACAAGAUGCAGCUGCCAACGUCGAUGGUGGUUUUACCUUCUGCAUUCCAAUUGGACCUUUUUCUUUGUGAAAAAUGUGCAAAACUUCUGUACUUCAAUCAUGAAUCACACUUAUCAUACUAUAAGCUGGCAUUGAGGCUCCACCCAGAUAAGAAUCCUGGUGAUGAGGAAGCCAACGAGAAAUUUCAGCAAUUGCAAAAGGUGAUAUCCAUUCUUGGUGACGAGGAGAAGCGGGCACUUUAUGAUCAAACUGGCUGUGUUGAUGACGCUGACCUUGCAGGGGAUGUUGUUCAAAAUCUGCGAGAUUUUUUCAGAAAUAUGUACAAAAAGGUUACUGAGGCUGACAUUGAAGAGUUUGAAGGAAAAUAUAGGGGUUCUGAUUCAGAGAAGAAAGAUUUGAUUGAUCUUUAUAAGAAGUGCAAGGGGAAUAUGAACAGGCUUUUCUGUUCAAUGCUUUGUUCGGAUCCUAAGCUAGAUUCACACCGUUUCAAGGAUAUCCUUGAUGAGGCAAUUGCUGUUGGAGAAGUAGAGGAAACCAACGCCUACAAGAAAUGGGCAAAGCAAGUAUCUGAAAUGAAGCCACCUACGAGUCCUUUGAGAAAGAGGAAGUCAAGUAAACAGUCUGAAGCAGAUCUACUCGCGGUCAUAUCACAGCGCCAAAAUGAGAGGAAAGGUCGGUUUGAUUCCAUGUUCUCCUCACUCGUAUCAAAGUAUGGUGGCAAAGCAGAUGCAGAACCAAGUGAAGAAGAAUUUGAAGCUGCGCGUAAGAAACUUGAAAGCAGCAAGGCCCCAAGAAAGACAAAACGGAAGUGAAUUGCAAUUCAUCUAUAUUUAUUCUAGAACAUUUAUGUCUGUACAAAUUUUUAAAAAAUUGUCCACAUUUAGCAGAAUGAUAUUUCCCAUUGUCUUCCCAGUGAAUUGCCUUGGUGAAUGUAGUUACAGCAAUUAUUAGUUUGGUGAUGCAUGAUGAUGCAUUGUUUUGACAAAAGAACAGGAUUUUGGUAGAAAUCAAUUCUUGAUUAGCUC